AUGGAUCUUUUAUGCCAACCAAAUGUCAUCAUUACAUCUAGGCCCAAUGCCGCUCUUCCAGCUAGCGUUAAGAAUAUUGACCUUGAGCUCGAGACGAUUGGGUUCUACCCAGAUCAGGUAAAAGCGUACCUUGAGACGGAUCCUCGUACAAAAGAAAGCGCUGUCAAAAUCCAGACCUUUCUUGACGCUCACUGGCUUAUGCAAGGGCUCAUGCGGAUUCCAAUCCAACUAGAUGCACUUUGCUACACUUGGAAGGACUUCAAGGGUAGCGAUGUGCCGGACACAAUGACUCGAAUAUACAGCGCGAUUGAAGAGAAUCUGUGGAGAAAGGACGCCGUUAGGUUGGAAAAGAUGACCGAAGGGGAAGCCGAACAAGCCCUUCCAACUGAGAUUACGCAAAAUAUCCAGCCCGAGACAAAGUUUCUUGAAUGUCUUGCCUUCAAUGGUUUGUGCAGCGAUGUGAUCAAAUUUACACCAGAGCAUCGAGACAAAUUAGUUGGAAGAUUUUCUCUGACCUUGACCGUGAACGAUACGAUGAACAGACUGUCUUUCCUACGAUCGUCAGAGUCAUCAAGACAUGAAGACCGAAGCUACCACUUUAUUCAUUUGACCUUCUCAAGAAUACUUUGCGGCACGAUAUCUUGCACAGCACUGGGUUGGAAACAAGCACCUUGA